AAAAAAAAGACCAAGUCAAUUGAAUCCAUAACUCUGCCAACUAUUUAGAAAACCCAUUUGCAAGAGUUAUCAUUUUUAUAUAUACUAACUACCAUACAGGUUGCUUUUCUAAGAAACCACAUCAUUCUUUCAUAUCGUUGCUUUAUUUGUUUGAAUGCGUCUUCUACGAGAGGGCUAUGAGGAAGUUUCCUGUCCAGUGCUCGUCAGCAUACAAUGACUACAAAAAAAAUCAACCAAUUAGAAUUCACAUCUCUUUGAAGUUUAUCUCUGACGCUUUUGCAUCAACUGCUUUUCUUUAACAUCAUUUGCGACUCUCUGAUAUCUCUCUCAUGGCUUCUUCUUCAUCGGACAUUAAGAGAUACCAUGUCUUUCCGAGUUUCCAUGGACCAGACGUCCGUAGAGGGUUUCUCAGUCACUUACACAACCACUUUGCAAGCAAAGGGAUCACAACGUUCAAGGAUCAGAGAAUCGAGAGAGGCCACACCAUCGGACCUGAACUCGUACAAGCGAUUAGAGAAUCCAGAGUCUCGAUCGUUCUGCUCUCUAAGAAUUACGCUUCUUCGAGCUGGUGUUUAGAUGAAUUGGUCGAAAUCUUGAAAUGCAAAGAAGCUUCGGGGCAGAUUGUGAUCACCAUCUUUUACGACGUUGAUCCAUCCGAUGUUCGGAAACAGAGGGGAGAUUUUGGAAGCACUUUCAUGAAAACUUGUGAAGGGAAAGCAGAAGGGGAGAAAAAAAGAUGGAUCAAAGCUUUGGCCUAUGUAGCAACCAUUGCCGGAGAACACUCUCUAAACUGGGAUGAUGAAGCGGCAAUGGUCGAAAAGAUUGCCGCAGAUGUUUCCAACAAACUGAAUGUUACACUGUCAAGGGAUUUUGAGGGGAUGGUGGGACUUGAAGCUCACUUGAGAAAGUUGGACUCUAUGUUAUGCCUCGAGUGUGAUGAAGUGAAGAUGAUUGGAAUUUGGGGUCCUGCAGGGAUUGGUAAGACCACCAUUGCUAGAGCUUUGUAUAACCAACUCUCUAGUAAAUUUCGAUUCAAAUGUUUUAUGGGGAAUCUCAAGGAAAGUUAUAAGAGCAUUAUGUGUGUUGAUGAUUAUGAUUCCAAGCUGUGUUUGCAAAAACAACUUCUUUCCGAGAUUUUGAACCAAAGGGAUAUAAGGGUACAUCAUUUAGGUGCAAUCAAAGACUGGCUACAAGAUCAAAGAGUGCUUCUUGUUCUUGAUGAUGUAGAUGAUCUAGAGAAACUAGAGGUAUUGGCUAAAGAACUUUCUUGGUUCGGUUAUGGAAGUCGGAUCAUCGUGACCACAGAAGAUAAAAAGAUUUUGAAGGCUCAUGGGAUUAACGAUAUCUACCAUGUCGAUUUUCCUUCCAUGGAAGAAGCUCUCGAGAUUUUCUGUCUAUCUGCUUUCAAACAAAGUACUGUACGAGAUGGUUUUGAAGAGAUUGCAAAUAAAGUAGCUGAGUUUUGCGGUUGUCUUCCACUAGGCCUCUGUGUUGUGGGUUCAUCAUUGCGUGGAGAGAGCAAGCACGAGUGGGAACUUCAAUUAUCUAGGCUCGGAACUAGUCUUGAUAGAAAAAUUGAAGACGUAUUAAAAGUGGGAUAUGAUAGAUUGGUUGAUAAAGAUCAAGCUCUGUUUCUCCACAUUGCAUGCUUCUUUAACCAUGAAAAUGUUGAUCAUGUGACAACCAUGCUCACUGACACUGUUUUGGAUGUUGGAAAUGGGUUGAAGAACCUAGCCGAUAAGUCGCUUGUCCAUAUAUCAUCUCGUGGACAUAUAGCGAUGCACUAUUUAGUACAACAAUUGGGUAGACAAAUAGUCAUUGAACAGUCUCAUGAGCCCGGAAAGCGUCAGUUUUUAGUGGAAGUCGAAGAGAUUCGUGAUGUACUCGAAAAUGAAACAGGUACUGGAUCUGUCAUAGGUAUAUCAUUUGAUAUGUCCAAGAUCGGUGAGCUCACAGUAAGUAAGCGAGCUUUUGAAGAAAUGCGUAAUCUCAGAUUCUUGAGAUUUUAUAAUGGAAAAGUUAGCUUGUUAGAGGACAUGGAAUAUCUACCCCAUCUAAGAUUGCUACAUUGGGAUUCAUACCCGAGAAAAAGCCUUCCUCCAACAUUCCAGCCUGAACGUCUCGUCGAGCUCCAUAUGCAAUUUAGCAAGCUCGAGAAGCUCUGGGGAGGAAUCCAGCCCCUUGCGAAUCUCAAGAAGAUAGAUUUGGUACAUUCCAAAAAUUUGAAAGAGAUCCCAAAUCUUCUGAAAGCUACUAGUCUCGAGACAUUGAAGCUUAUGGGAUGCAAAAGCUUGGUGGAACUUCCAUCCUCUAUUUCGAAUCUACAGAAAUUAAAAACGUUGUCAAUGCGGGCGUGUGUAAAGCUACAAGUUAUUCCCAGCGAUAUCAACUUAGUAUUUCUUGAGGACGUGGACAUGAGUUAUUGCUCGCGGUUGAGAACUUUUCCAGAUAUUUCUAAGAACUUCAGUCGUCUCAAUUUAGAAGACACAAAGAUAGAAGAUGUUCCUGCAUCAGUUGGUGGAUGUUGGUCUCGUCUUGAGUGGCUUGUGAUGGGCAACAGAAGCCUCAAAAGAUUAACACAUGUCCCGCUAAGUGUAACGUUGCUAGACCUAAGCAACAGUGAGAUAAAGAGGAUUCCAGAUUGCAUUGUAGGUCUCCCUCACCUAGUGACUCUUAUUGUCAAAAACUGCAAAAAACUUGUGUCAAUUCCGGGUCUUGCCCCUUCGCUCAAGUCCCUAAAUGCAAACAAUUGUAUAUCACUAGAGAGAGUAUGUUUCUAUUUCCACAACGUAAUAAAGGAGCUAACAUUCUACAACUGUGUGAACCUGGAUGAAGAAGCAAGAAGAGUAAUUAUACAACCAAGGGUUGAUGGGUAUGUAUUGUUACCAGGUAAAGAAGUCCCUGCAGAGUUCAUUCACAAAGCCACAGGAAACUCCAUAACCAUCAAAGGUACUUUUUCUGUGUUCUCAAGAUUCAAGGCUUGCCUUCUGCUUCCACCAAUCAAGAACAGGGGAGAUUUUCAAAUAAAGUGUAGUUUAAGAAGCAAAAAUGGUGUCCUUAUUAACCAAGUCUACAAUUUUGGAAUGCCUGAAACUUUUUAUGCUAGAUGUCUAUCAAAACAUUUACUUAUAUUCCGUGAUGCUCUAUUUCAACAAAGCGUCUGCCAUGAUGAAGUUGAUGUGACUACGAGUGAGAUUCUGUUUGAGUUCACCGGCUGGCUGGAAGACGAUGUUUGCGAGGUUCUUGAGUGUGGUGUACAGAUUUUGACAGACGAAGCUGAGGGUAGCAGCAGGAAAGAAGACACUUUUGAAGAAGAGAGUAGCAGCAGCGACGAAGUGAACAGCUUCAGCAGCAAAGAAGACAACUUUGAGGAAGAGAGUAGCAGCAGCGACGAACUGAACAGCUUUGAAGCUGAUAGUAGCAGCGAAGUGGGUUACUCUGAAACUGGAGGCAACAGUGAUGAAGCUGUUCGACGGAUUUGGUCCGGGAAAGAAGACACAACACCCAUUAUCUUAGGGGUAGUUACUCUCUUGUGCGUGCUUGUAGUUAUCCGAAUCUAUGUCAAUAAAAAAUAGAAAGAUUGGAGUAUCUGAUCCUACAUGUUACUGGUAAAUUGUUGAUGGUAACUCUCUCUCUCUCUCAUUUUUUAUAUAUAUAUACUUCGUUGCACGAUGCAGUACCAUCAUAUUUUUAGCUUUUGUAUAUUAUAAACUUAGAAGCAGCUUGGUUAUUGUGUGUUGACGUAGGGUAUAGAAUGGAUCAAGUGAAGUUCUUUAAAAGAUAGAGAUUGUUGUUGGAACUUGGAGGCCUUGUGAUACUUCAUGAUUGCCUUGGGAUUAAUAUACGAUAUGUUUAGGAUAAUAUGACUCAACAGCUUAUUUUCGAUGGUGUGAAAAUUAGGCAUCGGAAGCUAUAGACUGCUUUUCAAAGUAAUACAAGUUGUUGGAGUUGGCUUAGGAAUGGUUUAGUUUCACUGGAAGUAGUUGUGUGUUGCAGCGACAUGGAUUCUCAUCGCCUUCUUCAUGUGAACCGAACUCAGCUGAAUCGACUGAUCGAGUGUCUGUGAGAUCAAACAAACAAGAACGUGAUCGGAGUCCACUUGGUUUGAAUAAUGAGAAACAAGAGUUGUUGGAGUUGGACGCAAAAGAGUGGCUCUUGUUGAUUCGUCUUCAAGCAAACAGGCAACAACAACAACUCGUGUUGCUGCAGCUUCAAUGUAACAGUGAAAUUCGUCGUGUUUCUUAGUUGUUGUUAUUGUACUUACUUUCCCAUGGUUGCAGAGUAGCAACUUGUGUUUGGCAUUUUUUUUGUUUGUAAUCAUAUGAUCAAUUCGAAUAAUAUAUUCCUUUAGAA